AUGUCUCAAAUUAUAUCUCAAAUUUAUUACAAGUUCAAAAGUGCUAAAGAUUAUGAUACACUUACUUUCGAUGGGCUGGGAAUCUCUGUAUUUGACGCCAAAAAAGAAAUCCUGACCGCAAAAAAAUUAAAAGGAAAUGACUUUGAUAUUAUAGUGUCUCACGCUGAAUCAGGUGAAGGGACCGCACAUCGUUAUUUAGAAGGUGGUGGGCCUACAACGCAACGUAAUUAUGUAGCUAGUAACAGAGGGAGCAUAGCAUCCGCUAAUGGGUCUAUGUCAAAAACAUUUGACCCAUCGAAGCAACCCCAACAGGUGUCUCGUUUAACUCCAACUCCUGCUACACAGCAAACAGACGAGCAUCAAACAGAAGAUGAUAAAAUUCAAGCAAUGUUUGCACAAUCGAAGGAGUUUUGGGAAAUAACUCAAGAGCAGAUGGCUUCACCUAAUCAAGUUCGUCCAUCAGUCAAGCCACCGGUUCAAAAAACUUUACCGCCAAAUUAUGUAUGUUAUAGAUGUGGACAGAAAGGUAUUCGCCCUGCUCUAAUUAAUCCCGAACAAGACGAUCAACAGUUCAAGUGCCCAACUUGUCAAUCUCAUUUGGUACCUGAUGAGUUAGUACCAAACAAGGCGGCGCGGGAGGCAGUCGAUGGUCAUCUAAGAGAUUGGGCUAGACGUAGGAACGAACCCACUGUUCCGGAAGCUAAUGAGGAUGAUGAAGGAAAUAAUCUGGAAAUGUUAGAAGAUCCGCUGGUAGCAAACAAUAACGUAGACCUAUCUGUGGAAAAAGAUACUACAGAUUCAUUAAAUGAACUUGUAAAAACAGAAGAAAAGGAAAAAAGCACGAGUGGUUUAUCAGAAACGGGACUUGAUAAUGUAGAAAAUUCUAGUCAAUCUCCUCAAAUGUCAAAAGCAAAGGCCGAGUUGAAUGCUAAAACGGAGCUACCAAAGAAACCAACACAUGAUCUUCCGCCUAUUCCACAAUCGCAAAUACCAACACAUCAAUCUCAGUCACACUCAUCACAACAAUCGCAACAUUUUCAACAGUCACAAAUGCAGCGACAUCAAUAUUCAAAUAAUGUUGCAGGGAAAUCUUUUGGGCAAAAUCCUAUAGCAUCACAAGGGUAUGGUCCAUUUGGUUAUUAUAAUGAUUAUGGAUUUGGCUAUGAUCAAAAUCAAGGAUAUUGGUAUGAUGAAGGUUAUUACGACCCAUCAUACUUCGAUUCAGGGUUUUAUCCCGCAGAACCAUUCCCUUCACAACCACAAUUUAUGCCACAUUUUAGACCACCGGUAUACGACGAAUUUUGGGACGGCAAUUUUGUACCGUUUGCAGGAAAUAUGGGCGGAAUGGGAGGUAAUGCAGGAAUGCAACCAUUUAGAGGAGGCAAUUUUCGUGGAGGGUUUCCACGUGGAAAUUUUCCAAAUCGCGCUCGUGGCCGCGGAAGAGGUUCUAGUCCUGGAUUUUUCAGUGAUCGCUCAUCAUUUGCUAGUGGACGUGGUAUGGGUGAUUUCAGACGAGAAUCUAGUGUUCCACCCUCGAUUGGAAGACGAGAUAUGUCUGAUUAUCGUGAUGAGGAAAAUGAUCGACUUGUAGAUGAUUUUGGACGCGAUUUGGCACGACGUAAAUCGUCUGCAUCGCGUAUUUCCGCCGAAAGAGAUAUUGAAGCUCGGGAUAAAAGGUCUCCUUCUCAUACUUCUGAUCGUGACAGGCGCGACAGGGACGCGAUAUUAGAUGAUGAAAUAAAAAAUAGAAGACUAAGAGAUAAAGCUCCAACCCGCAGCAGAAGUAAAGAAAGGUCACGUAGGAGUCGAAGUCGAAGUAGAUCUCAUCAUCAAUCAUCACGGAGAAAUCGCGAUGAUUCGCGACAUAGCAGAUCUCCUUCAAGACAUGAACGUUCAUCUCCUGAUGUUCGACGAAAAACAUCAAUAUCUUCAAGGCGUCGCAGUCGUAGCCGAGAAGCAUUUGUUGACAGAAAAGAAGAUCGCCGAUAUUCUGCCGACCGUCGAUAUUCUGCCGACCGUCGAUAUUAUGAUGACCGUCGGUAUUCCAUGCCUGAAAAAAGGGAAGAUAGGCGUGAUUCCAAUUUAUCAGAACGAAGAGAUAGUAGACGAGAUUCUAAUUUGUCUGAGAGGAGAAGUGACAGGCGAAGUCCUGUUAUAUCAGAAAGGAGAGAUGAAAGACAUGAAUCAACAAAUGAGAGACGAGAUGAGAAUGGCAAAUCAGAAUAUCAUAACUCCAAUCACAAUAUUGACACAGAUAUGCCAAAUGACAGGGUCAGUCUUCCAGCGUCUGCUGAACAACUCUCAGAAGAUAUUGAGCGUCGAACGCGGUCGCGUUCUCCCAAGCCAAUAUUAGCACCUGAAGAAUCAGUGCCUGAUGAGGGAAUAUAUGAUGAUGAUAACGUUAUCGAUGUAUCCACAAAUGAUGACGAAACUCUGCUAUUAGAUGAUGAUAGAAUGUCCGUGAAUGAUGAUAGACCUACUACACCUCCUUCUCCUGAAAAAUAUCCUCCUUCAUCACCUGAAAAACGACGCCAUUCAUCAACUCAUAAACAUCGGAGUAAAUAUCAUCGUUCACAUCAUCGACAUGAGUCUCCGGAAAAAGAUGAUCACGACAGAAGGGGAUCUCGAUCUAAACAUUUGAAUACUUCUUCCAAAGAUGAUUAUCGCAGUAGUACUCACAAACACAAAAAGCGUCAUAUAUCCUACCAUCAAAGUCGACACAGUCAUAGUAACAGAACUAAAGAUAGCGAAAACAGACGUAGACAUAGAGAAAGCUCGGAAACACACAGAUACCGCAGCAG